AAAAGCAGGUACCAUGAUGAACAACUCCUCCAGCAAAAGAACUAUUUGCUGGGAUUGUGCUUUAGAUUAUGUGAAGCACCGGUCUCCUACGAAUGAUCUAAAGAUGGGGAUACGUCUAUUGGAGACCUUUGAUCUGUAUAUUAGAAAGUGUAAGAGGAGAAGGUGCAAGCAGGGUGCGUGUUUGGAAUGUGAUAAGGAGGACGAAGGUGAUGCCAAGUCUGAAAUUUUGAGACUUAACAGUAUUUCGCUCAAGUUUCAAGAUCUGGACCAUCUUGUUAGGGGGAUAACAGAUGGACUUGACUCUGCUCUUUCUAGAUAUAUUCAGUCUGGUGCAUUAGAUUUUAAUGCCGUUAGAUAUGAUCUCGAAGAAAGCAUGAGGCAGUUUUUUGAAACAGACAUCAAGGAAUUGGACAUCAUGUUGCUUUACUACUCGCUGGGAGAUCCACAACUAGUUAUGGAUUUCAUUGAUUCCAUUUCAGUGAAUCUGGUGGCGCUUCUUCGCUACAGAGAGUCCUUCAUAUUUGAUGAAGUUCUGGAAGCUGUAAUGGAAAACCUUCAAGAGAAGCUAGUGUUCUUGAAAAGUUUCGUUCGCUUUGCAACAAUACAAGGCGUUGAGGGUCAGCCACUGAUAGAUCUGUUGGUUCACGUUGAAGUUGUGGCUGUCAAUGCUGCAAGCCUGGCUUCUACAUUUUGGUUUCGAAGAAACAAUAGAGGAAUAUGCAACGAAAUGGAAUUUGAAAUUUCUCAAUUAAUACACAAGACGGUUGAUCCCCAAGUACGAAAGAUUUAUACCCAUGUCCUGGAAGCUUCCAAGUUAUCAAGAUCAUCCUGCACUUUAGCUCUGAACGAGAAUAGGCUUCUAGUGGCUGAAUUUAUUGAUUAUCUCCUGCGAAGUAUCAUGGGAAACAUAUCAGAAUGUUAUACCAGUUUCCUGGUAAUAAUGAAGGAUCAAAUGCUAAAACUCCUCGAGGGAGUAAGAUUCCUGAGUAUCCUUCUAAGCCUACGGCAGGAGAAGUUCGAUGAGCUAAAUGAUGAGAUGAAGGAUCUCAUUGGAGCUGUGGUCUCUGAUGCAGGUAUUGUGAGUUUCUCCCUUUUUGUGAAUGAAAAGAAAGAAGGCUUGCACAGGGACAUAGAUCCGGCACUUUCUGAUUUGCUCGAAGUGCUCAAGUUGAUCAUUGCAAAAUCUGCACACGUUUAUCCAGAAACAUCGUCAUCAUCACCACUUAGUUUCCCUAAGACUAACGAGCUGGGCUCUCUUGAUCGUCUUCUAGAAGCUCUCAAGGAACUACUGAGUUCAACAGCUGAUUCAAUUGCUUUUCCAAAUGAUCAAAUCAACACAAUCCUAAAGGAUCUUUUAUUCUUAAGAUCUUUCCUAGGAAAUAUUGUGGAGAAGCGCAAUGGAGAUGAAAAACUCCAAGCUUUCUGGAGUCGUGUCAUGAAUGUUGCAUACAGUGCAGAAUUAGAAAUUGACUCUGCACUACUUGGUGAUAAACGUUUGGAUGCUAUUGCUGGAGAUAUCCAACUUAUGAAGAUUGAGGCCAAAGAGAUCUAUGAUAGCAUUAGAUUUGAUAGUGAAAUCCAGAGAGUUACCAAGACUACUAUUAACAUGCCAUCACAAGUUACUGCUCCAAUAUCCAAUGAAGUUCUGGUGGGUCUCAAUGAUGAGGUAGAAAGUAUAAUUGAUAGACUUGUGAGUGGACCUUUGCAGCAGGAUAUUGUUGCCAUUGUGGGCAUGUCUGGGCUUGGUAAGACAACACUAGCCAAUAAAGUUUACAGUCAUCUUUCGGUAGAGUACCACUUCCACAUUCGAGCUUGGUGUUGUUUUUCUCAAGUUUAUACCAAGCAUAGUUUGUUGGCUCAGAUUUUGUGUAGUAUCAAUUGUGGAAGUUCUGUCCAGUAUCUUGAGAUGAAUGAAGAUGAUAUGGCUGAGAAGGUAUACAAAUUGUUGAAGAGAAAUAGGUAUCUCAUCAUUUUGGAUGAUGUUUGGGACAUUAUGGGGUGGGAUUUGUUGAAACACUCACUACCAGAUGAUUGCAAUGGAAGCAGGAUUCUCUUAACCAGCAGAUUUCAGAAAUUGUGUUGGCAAAUUAAACCUGGUAGUGAGCCUCACCAUCUUCGCCCACUUACAGAAGAUGAGAGUUGUGAAUUGCUGCAGAAAAAGCUAUUUGCCAAAGAAGAUUGUCCUCCAGUAUUAGGUAAAGUUGUAAUGCAUGUAGCAAAGUACUGUAAAGGCCUACCUCUGACAGUUGUUCUUGUUGCUGGAAUUCUUGCUACUACUGAGCAAGAUUGCUGGGAAGAAAUUGUAAGACGUCUAACUUCCAGCAUUUAUGUUGACAAUGAACAUUGCAUGAAGACACUUGAGCAGAGUUACAAUUAUUUACCGGAUUAUUUGAAGCCAUGCCUUCUUUACUUCAGUGCAUUUAAAGAAGACCAAGACAUUCCCGUCCGAAAGAUGUUAUGGCUUUGGAUCUCUGAAGGGUUUGUGCAAGAGAUCGAAGGAAAGAGUUUAGAGGAUGUGGCAGAUGAGUAUUUGAUGGAUUUGAUUGGGAGAAGUUUAGUUAUGGCUACCCAACAUAGAUCUUUAGGUGGGAUCAAAGCUUGCCGGAUCCAUGAUUUGAUACAUGAGUUUUGUGUGGCGAAAGCUAAAGAAGAAAGUUUUCUACAGAUUUUACAUGAGGAUGACUUUUCAACAUGUACUCGACCAUGUAACCCCCACCGACUGUCUAUUCACCCCAGCAUCCCACAUAUAAACCAUGUGACUAGGAUUGAGGGGCUGUCUUUUCCCAAUUUGCAUUGUUUGCUCUUCUUUGGAGAUAGACCUACACUGCUGGAAGAGAGUUCAUACAAAUUCCUAUUGUGUAAACUUCUUAGAGUGUUGGAUUUGCAGAAUUGUUCUUAUCCGACUUUAUCGUUUCCAAGGGAAGUAGUAUUCCUUGUUCACUUGAGGUACCUGAGAAUUAGAAAUUUUUUGGGGAAUAUCCCAUCUGCAAUAGCUAGCCUCUCAAGGUUAGAAACUUUUGCAGUGGAAGGAAACCCUAGACGUUAUUUGUUACCAAACACUAUCUGGAACAUUAAAACAUUGAGGCAUCUUGUCACAUCAGAGUUUGGAGGUGGUUUCAUAUUUCCCAUCGACGGUCUUGAAGGCUCCCCUGAUUUGAAACAUUUAGACACCUUAACCCUUGCAAUUGAGGCCCCUCCUCAAAACUUGCAAAAGAUAUUGUCAAAGUUACCGAGCAUCCGUAAGCUAACAAUAACAUCUGUUGGAAAUCACGGUGGGAUUCUCGUGUUGAACUACUUGAGUCGACUAGAGUCACUUAAGAUAAGAAGGUUUGACAGAUAUGAGUUUGAAUUCCCAUUGAAUUUGAAAAAGUUGACUCUCUCAGAUAAUUGUCAGCCAUGGAGUAAAAUUUCAGCAAUUGGAAAGCUACCCAACCUUGUAGUGCUUAAAUUAUACCGUGAUUCCUUUCUGGGGGAAAAAUGGGAAAUGGAAGAAGGGGAUUUCUGUAACCUUCGAUUCUUGAAAUUGUCAGAGUUGGACAUUCGCUGGUGGACAGCCUCUUCUGGUAAUUUUUCCUAUCUUGAGAAAUUGGUUUUGGAUAAUUGUUAUAGGCUGAAAGAGGUCCCUUCUUGUUUAGGGGAAAGUGUCACUCUUGGCUUGAUCAAGGUGAUAAGGUGUAGCCAGUCUGUUGUAAAUUCUGUGGAGCAAAUUCUGCAAGAACAGAUAGAUUUGGGAAAUAAGGGCUUAAAGAUCGUUAAUACUAACGAAAUGAAAAAUUGGGAUGGUUACUUUUAUUCUUAAUGACAACUCAGAAAGAGAGUCCUAUUUCCUCUCAUCACAUUUUGCAAUGGUGAACCAUUGAUGCAUCUUCUUCAAUUGGCAGAGAGUCAAAGCAGAGAAGAAUUCCACUCAUUAGAUUGGUAUGAUCCUUAAAACCGGCUGAGCACAAGCAUAAAUGUCAGGAGCGAUUCUGCUGCAUUUUUUAGAGUACGCUGCAUCAACACUUCAGAUUUAUCCAGGUCCAAUAUUUGUUGGUUGCUUAUCAAAGAGGGAAGAGAAGAUGUUUCAAGAAGGGAAAAAAUACAAAAAAGAAAAAAAAAAAAGAUGGAAGAGAAAUAUAUCAUCCCAAAUUCUGAAAUUUUCUUCAAAUUAGUUUCAGAUGUGUAUGAUCCUUAAAACCAGCUGAGCACAAGCACAAAUGACAGGUCCAAUCUUUGACGGUUGCUGAUCAAAGAGGGAAGUGAAGUUGUUUGAAGGAAAAAGAAAAAGAUGGAAGAGGAUCAUUUCCUAACUUUUGCUCAUUGAUCAACAGCCAGCUAAUGGAAAAAGGAAACCAGUGAAAAGCAGGAAUACCCCAACAGCAUGAAUAUCACGAAGAAGUGGACGUAGCGUUUAACCAUGCCAUGAUUCCACUACCAUGAUUCCUGGUCAACGCAUUGGCAAGUUUGAACUAGUUUGCUUUCUAACGCUUGUGAAGGUGAACUACUUUCCGUAAAUUAUAAGUUGCUGCUAGGUAGUUGUGCAUCCUCCUCUAAGAAUGGCUGUGAAAGAUUGUGCGCAGCAUGUGCUUCUCUCUCUCCCUCUCUCGCGUCUUUUGGGGGUUGAAAGGGGGGAUGGUAAAGAGGUAAGUAAGGGGCAGUGGAAAUUUAUUUAGAAGAUAGUCUGACGGUCAUUGUUUGGAUCAAAAAGUGAUGCCCAAAGCUGCCACAUUUUCUGUCUUGUGCCAUUUGACAUUUGAUCUGAAAUAGUUAGAGAGCCAGAAAUAAUAUUGAAGCUAAACUGGCACCUCUAAAGUGGUUUGUUCAUGUCUUAUUCUUUAUUGCUCAAAAUUGUAAAGAAGAUGAUGAAAGCCAUCUAUUAAGGUUUUUUUUUUUUUUUUUAAUGUUUCCAUUGGCAUUCAAUCAAAAGAUGAUCAAAGCUAAACUGGCGCUUCGUGUUUGGUGGUCUACAUAU